AUGCAGGCGGCGCAAUCCUUGUUCAACACCUACUUCUCACGGCGAUUCAUGAGCGGCUGUGCCAUUCUCUUCCCUGUGGUGGUGACAGCCUACCUGACCUGGUGGUUCCUGGAGUUUUUUGACAACUUCUUCUCGCCCCUGUACACUUACCUCUUCGGCUUUCAUGUCUUUGGCCUGGGCUUCCUUACCUCCAUGCUCUUCAUCUUUGCCACGGGCGUCUUCACGUCGUCGUGGAUGGGGGCCACCCUCUUCAAGCUCUCCGAUUACAUCAUUCGGAAGGUGCCCCUCGUAAAGCACAUUUACUCAGCGGCCAAGCAGGUCUCCGCAGCCGUCUCUCCGGACAACGAAGCAACUCACAGCUUCAGGGAGUGCGUCCUGAUACGCCACCCGCGGCACGGGGAGUACGCCUUUGGGUUCAUCACGGGGCAGACCAAGAUGACCACUCCGGAGGGCGAGCUGGAGCUAUUCUCGGUGUAUGUUCCCACCAACCAUGUCUAUGUGGGCGACAUUUUCCUCCUGGCCGCCCCCGACAUCAUCAGGCACAACCUCUCUGUCCGAGAAGGAAUAGAGUUCCAGGCAGCCAUGCAUGCUCACGUCACCAAGCUGGGCCUUGGUGCUCACCAGCUGGUCUGUUACAAUUUUGUGGUGCUGCAGCAAUACCUUUUCCUUGCCCCUACGCGCCCCGCAGAGGUUGUGGUGUCUGUAGGAAUGGCGUUGCCAGGCCACUUGCAAGCCACUGGGAGGUAG